AUGGAGAAGUCGACUGACAGUUCAAUUCUGCUAGUGGGCAAGAAAUACAUGUCUGAGAUCAAGAGCGCACUGUUAAACAUGUACACGCUUGGAAUAACAUAUAUACUAUGCCGAAUUUCUAUUAAAUUCGAAAUUUUCUUCAAGACAUCCCCCUGCUCGCUCGAGGAAGCAAAUUGUGUGGUGCUAAAAGACCAAUACAACAAUAUGAAGAUUGUAAAGAUCAUUGAAAAGAACAUCAAGCCAACGCUUCUGUUGAAAAGAUAUGCAAGACAUAGGAAAAUACGAAUAUUGGAUGUGCCAUAUGGAAGGUUUAUUUACGACUAUCAACUGAGUAAAUUCGUUUUGCCGCGCUUCAACUAUGCAAGAAAAUCAUUCGAGGAUAUAUAUCAGGAAAGGCUAAUGAAGUCAAAGGAAGAGGAAAGUACAGAUGUUUACGAAAAGCAGGCUUUGUUUGGCAAAAACGAUACUUGUUUGGUAAUUUCCUCGGCAGUGUCG